AUGAAGGCAGGCGUCGUGACCGGAGACCUUGCGUGGGCGCUUCUCCAGCAUGCCAAGGCCAACAAGUAUGCCAUCCCUGCCUUCAACUGCACCAGCUCCAGCGUCAUCAACUCGGUGCUCGAAGCUGGCAAGGAGUUGAAUCGACCUGUCAUGAUCCAGUUUUCCGAGGGUGGUGCUGCCUUUGUCGCAGGAAAGUCCCUGCCCAAUGAGAAGGGCAAGCUGCAGGCCUCUAUCCUGGGAGCUGUUGCCGGAGCUCACUUUGUCCGUGCAGUUGCUCCUGCUUACGGCAUCCCGGUGAUCGUGCACUCCGACCACUGCGCCAAGAAGCUGUUGCCUUGGUUCGAUGGCAUGCUCGAAGCCGACGAGGCAUUCUUCAAGCAGCAUGGUGAGCCCCUCUUCUCUUCGCACAUGCUGGACCUGUCCGAGGAGCCCGAUGAGGAGAACAUUGCCAUCUGCGCAAAGUACUUGACCCGCAUGGCCCCCAUGAAGCAAAUCUUGGAGAUGGAGAUUGGAAUCACUGGUGGAGUGGAAGAUGGCGUUGACAACAGCGGAGCCGCCAAGGAGAAGCUGUACUCCACGCCUGCGGAUGUGUUCGCGGUCUACACGGCCCUGAAUCCCAUCUCCCCGAUGUUCACCAUCGCGGCGGCUUUCGGCAACGUCCAUGGCGUUUACAAGGCCGGAAACGUUGUCCUGAAGCCUGAGCUGCUGGAGGACAUGCAGGUCUACGCGCGUGAGCAGAUCAAAUCCACGACAGGACAGGACAUUGAGCGGCCUUUGAACUUUGUCUUCCACGGGGGCUCCGGAUCUGAGAAGCAUCACAUCACCACCGCACUGAAUGCGGGAGUUGUGAAGAUGAACGUGGACACCGACACGCAGUGGGCCUACUGGGAGGGCCUUCUCAAGUUCUACAAGGCGAAGGAAGGUUACCUUCAGGGGCAGAUCGGCAACCCGGAGGGUGAGGACAAGCCAAACAAGAGCUUCUACGACCCGCGCAAAUGGAUCCGUGAAUGCGAGAGUUCCAUGGUGAAGCGAGUGAAGGAGAGCUGCGCAGACUUGGCGAGCCUUGGAACACCAACUGAGCCGAUAUGCUGCGACGGCAUUGGGCACAAUUGUUUUGAAGCUUUCAGCUUCGAGUUUGAAGGCAUUCAGGUGACGAAGGCAUGUUCAGUCCUUGCAUCGUUCCGUCACUGCCAAGAGGUGGAGAAAAGAGGGAGCCCUUUCCUGAAGCCGAGCCGGGAGGCUCUGGAGCGAGAGCGAAUGAUGGCCAUCAAGUACAAGGAGCUGGACAUCUUCAAGCUCGACAUCAUCGCCCGCGAGCUCAAGUCCUUGGACAACGAGCUCGGGCUGGUGGGCAAAGAGGCUAAGUUUCUCCAACAAAGCGCAGGGCGACUGAAGGAUUUUGGCGACCAGCAGCAAAUCCUUCAGCAUGGAAGCAAGAUGUUGGAUCAAUGCGUGCAGCUUCGCUCACACAUCCGGGACGUUAUCCACAAGUGCCUUUCUGAAACGCAGAAACUGCACAUCGGUGCACCAGCAAUAGAUGAUCCCCUGGCUGCAGGUGAACUGAAGGAUGGUGGCGUCAUGGCUGGCUUCGUUUACGAGGAGGUCGACGCUCCAGCUCACGGGUCCUCGAAAGCUGCGCGGCUUCGCCAAGGGGACGAAAUGGCCAGAGAACGCAGGAUCCAGUCCGGCAGGCCCAGCACUGGUGGGAGGCCAACGGGUUAA